ACCCCAUGCCCCAUGGACUUGGCCACCACGUGGUAAUGAAUAUGGGUAGAAAUUACCUAGGCAAGUACCAUCAUUUUGUGUACGAUAAUUAUUUUAGCAGUGUGAAGCUCGCCGAAGAUCUCCUCGCCCAAAACACCUACUGCUGCAGCACCAUCCGGGGCUCACGGAAGGGUUGGCCUCAGCAACUAAACAAAGCGAACACUGACAAGAUGGCUCCAGGAGAAAUCAAAGCCAUGACGAUAGGUCGUCUUCUGGCGACAGUCUUCAACGACAAACGGAAAGUGUCGGUUCUCUCCACAAAUUCGUCGCCAGGUGUCUCCACCGUCACUCGUCGUGUAAAAGGUGGCAUUCAACACGUUGAGAUUCCGAACUCAGUGUUGAACUACAACAAUCACAUGUUUGGCGUUGACCUGGCUGACCAGCUUCGCUCCUACUACGCAGUGGGAAGAUCUGGGGUGAAGUGGUGGAGAUACAUUCUCUGGUUUGUGGUACAGGUGUCAAUAGUGAAUGCUUGGAACCUGUACCGAGCCGCCCAACGACCCCUUCCAUCAAACGCCAGAGGUGUCAGUCACCUGAAAUUCAGAUUGGACAUCUGUUCUGCUUUGGUGGCAGGAAAUGUUUCGAAAGGAAAGAGGAAGGUCAGCCAGGGGGUGUCAACAGCAGGACUGGGGAGCUCCUUGUCAUCUGACCAUCAGCUGGAACGACUCAUGGGACGGAAAGGGGCCUGUCACUGGUGCUCCAAGAUAAAAGCCAAGACGAACAAGGGAAGAACACCAGAGACCCCCUAUGGCUGUUCCAUUUGCAAGGUCCACUUGCACAAGGAACUGUGUUUUGCCAGUUUCCACAAGGAGCUGGCAAGUGCGCAGUAAUUGUGUUUAUUUCAUAUUGGAUUAUUCUUCAUGUGCGCUCGUCACAGUAGUCACCUGGGUGAGUCUUCAUGUAACCGAAACUGCUCUUAUACUCUCUGUCUCUAUUCUUGUCCUAGGUUUUGUUAUAUGUGUUUGUUGUACACUAUUGUGUUUUCAUGUAUAUAUAAUGUGAUGUGGGUGUUUUUCACCUUUUCAUAUCAAAGAAAUUUUUCAUUGACCCUCAACAUUUAUUCCACUCAACUUCAAACACUCACUAUUCUCCUUCUAAUUGCUCAAUGCUUUUGAAAUUUCAGGUACACAUUUUAUAACUA